AUGCCCAUGGAGACAUUGAGGUUAGCCAUGAAUAACGCUGUUAGAGGUGGUGUGGCGCUGACUGAGAUUGAAAAGGCCCAGUUGACAUUGCUGAUUAACGCCGUGAAGGCGAAGUUUGGCAUAGCAUUUACCGGUCUCACUGGAGGGGUGGCUGAUACAGCGAACUCGAGCAGGCCGGCGCACGGUGCUGCCAGCCCAUCUCAAAACAAGGUGAAGAUAAAACUGUCACAGGUGAUAGAUCAAGGUUCUGACGCUGAAGUAGAGCAGCUUCCUCACGGCACUUUGCAGCAACUGCGUCAGAAGUAUGUUCUUGUAGAAGGUGAUGUACCACUGGAAUCCGAAGAAGUGACAGACUCACAGCUUACUUGUUUAGACUGGAAGCUUUCAAUGGACCUCCCACCGUUUGUUGACAUGGGCGUCUGGGGCCCCUACGGUGACAGACUCGCACGACAGAUGAAAUUUGUCAACCAAACCUGGAGAGACGGAGCAUGGAAGAUAGUAGAAGUUCCAGGAGCUUCUAGUUAUGAUGCUUGGUUGGAAGCUUGGAGGAUCUUUCGCACCGCGGCCAUCAUGUUGGAGAUGGCCACUAGUGCAGUUCUCGAUAGGUAUGCUGCUGAAUUUAAACAGAGAAUCCAACAACACCCAGGUGUAUGGCAUCUUGCAGCACAAGCCGAUAUCAGGUGCAGAUCCGAAUUUUGGGGUCAGGAGAGACGACGACAAGAAGCCUUUAGGGCCUCGCAUCCCCAAAUGUCAGCUUACAAUCCCAAACAGCCAUGGAACUCAGUCAUCAAAGCCUCCGCCUGCAGCUCUGAGUUUUGGGAUAGAGAAUUCACCAAGCCAGCCAUGCUCUACCAGAUGAACGGUCCACGCAGCAUGCCAGCCUUCCCGUCUCCACCCACUGGACCGGGCUUUGGACCAGGGGCAGGCUCAACAUCAGCCAGAGAUGGUGUGCAAACAUCGAGGAAAAGGCCGUUCGACCCUCAGAGAAAGGAUGGCCGCUACUUCAAGUCCCGCAGCGGGGUGAACAUUUGCUUCGAUUGGGCUUGGAAUCCAGAUGGUUGUGACAAUGAGAAAUGCAAGCGUGAAAUGGCGCACUGCUGCGAGUUUUGCCGUGGGCCGCACAGGACGAUCGAUUGUCCUCAGGUGAGCCUGUCUUCAGAGAAGUUGGAACAUCUGAGAAAGAAGCUGGCUGCCAAACAGGCAGAAUUCGUUUUGAGCAAGUCACCUCAAGCACCCAAUGGCUGUCCUGAACAAUUGCUGGCCAGCAGGAAAUGCACUGGAGCUGACGAUGCCUUCAUGGAACUCCGUGCAGGCAAAGCUGAAUUGAUGUUAGCAGUGAAGCGAGCCGUUGGUGGAAGCGUGGAGGCAAUUUUAGAUUUGACACAAGCCACUGCUUUCAAGGAUCUCAAGAAGAAGAUCAAAUCACGAAAGGUGCGGUGGAUCCAUCUUGCGCCCCCAUACCGCACUUUCACCAAGGUGCGCCGCAAAGACAGGUACACAAAAUGCAGAAAACUGAGAAGCCGCAAACAACCUGGAGGGCUAGAGCCCAAAACGCGUUCAGUACGCGAAGCAAACUUGGUGGCGUCACGGGCAGCGCAGCUUGCACUGCUUCAAUGGAAGGCGGGCGGCGCGUUUUCUUUGGAAAGCCCGGCGGGAUCAUUGCUUUGGGAAUACAAGCCGGUGAAGCAGCUGGCAUCCUUGAAGCACGUUUUAUUGCUGUUUGGCGACCAAUGCUGUUUCAAUGGAGAACGUGUCCGGCCGACAGGCUGGCUGACGAACGCAUCGUUUCUGCAAACCCUGGAGAGAAAAUGCCCCGGGGCCCCACUGCACCAUCACUCACCAUUUGAGGCUCCUGCCGCUUCUGAAUACCCUCAAGGGCUUUGCGAACACCUAGCGGCUUGUUACAAGAAAUUUUUGGAGGACCACCCGCAGAGGGGUGAGCCAUGGCAACUGCAGUGGACACUGGACGGGGACACCAAUGCUUUGUUUUCGAAAAGGGUGAGGAUCGAACAACAGAACGAUGAAGCUAUAGGUGGCCUCAGAAACCCUGCGAAAGCGCUGAAGAGAUUGCCACAGUGGCCGCCGGUGGGGCGAGAAGUACGCUCCACUAUUGAGGCAACACUCCAGAGAUGCUCUGAUCUGUUUGAUUUGCGGCAGUAUGUUGGCAGCGAUGAGACACCGGACCUGGAAGCUGGGUUAACAUUGCUACAAGCUGCUCUACACCGCAAGUUUGGGUUCGGCUCUAAGGCGCCCGGCCUUUGGGGAGGAGCGUUGGAAAGAUUGGUGACGCUGACGUCAGACCCUGACACGGAAACCGCGACCUGGCCUAGGUUGGGCACACCACUUGGAAUUGUCGAACCAAUACGUCCAUCCAAUAUUUUCCCACUGUUGGCCGAUGAUGAUGUAGAGCAUGCCGCUCCCUAUGAAGACCUUGCCUUGGAAGGCGCCUGGGCAAAUUACAAGUCCUAUGAUGAAAAUAGGGAGGAGGCAGAAGCUUUGUUUGACAUUGAACUAGAAAAGGGCUUUGUGGAGUGGUCGCCAAAUCUGGCGAGCUUGGAAGCCAAAUACGGCCGUUUGAUCCCAUCGGCCAUUGGGGUCGUCGUGAAGCAGAAGCCUGGAGCAAAGAAGAAAGUCCGCCUAGUGCAUGAUCUCCGCCGCAGCUUGGUGAACGAGCAAAUCGCUUGCCCUGAGCGUUUGAUUUUACCACGACUGCGAGAUGUUGUUUCAGACAUCCUUGAUUUGCUGGAGUGCAAGGAACAGCAUGAACAUGUACUGUUGGUCACACUGGACUUUUCAGAUGCUUUCAAACAUUUACAAGUCAGGGAUUCAGAAAAGCGAUUUUUGGCGGGUCAGGCAAAGGGUGGCUUCUUUGUUUACAAGACUGUUUUAUUUGGAGUGAAAACUGGUCCCCUUGUAUGGGGAAGAAUGGCAGCCUUGCUAUCAAGGUCAACCCAGGCGCUCUUUUCUGACCGCUGCUACCGGCUACAAACUUUUGUUGACGACCCUAUCAUCGUGGUGAAAGGAACUGAAGAAGAAAUACACAAUAUGAUCAACACCACAUUAGCUUGGUGGUCAGUGGUAGGGCUGAGAAUUGCUUGGAGCAAGGGGGGCAUCGGACACAGUGCGGAGUGGAUUGGUGCCAACAUCACCAUCAACAAUGAAGGCGAUAAGGUGGUGGUGCAAGUCCCUGCAGACAAAAUCAACGACUGGAAAGUCUUGGUUGAUUCCCUUUUCACGAAGCCCCUGGUCUCACGGAAAAAAUUGCAACAGCUCGCUGGCAAACUAAACUGGGCAGCUGGUUUUGUCCUGCAAUUGAAGCCCUUUGUGAGAAUGCUGCACGCUGCCCUGGCAAAGGCGGACUCUUCAGCGGCACAAACAAAUUUUGUUUAUUUCCGACAAGUUGAACCUGCUCUGACGUGGAUCAGCAAUUUUUUCGCUGGAUUUAUGCAUGGACUUACUUGGGAAGUCAGGGCGCAUUGGCGACACACAUGCUCCCUCGACGUUCUGGUGGAUGCCUCCCCUUGGGGAGGAGGAGCAAUCAAAAUAGACACAGAUGGCACGCCAAUUUCCACAAUUUCCUUGAAAUGGACAAGGCGAGAUGAAGAGCUCACUGGAGCAAAAAUAGGAGAUGCAGGUUCGCAAGCCCUGUGGGAGGGUUACAUGAUGCUGAGAAGCCUCCAGUGUUGGAUGACUGCGGCAAUGCAAGGGUUUGUCAGGGUGCGAGGUGACGCACAAGGUGUUUUGGCAUCACUCAUCAAAAGAUCAGCCAACGCACCCCUGUUAAACAGAGUAGUGCGUGAGAUAGCUUUACACCUUGCUUUGAAUUUCACUUCUUUAGAGGCACUGCAUGUCUGGAGCGAAGAUAACGUAUGGGCUGACCAACUCUCAAGGGGAGAGUGCCCACCAGAGUUGCGGAGUGUCCCACAGGUGGUGGAUCCACCAAACCUUUGGCGUUUUGAGUGA